AUGGCCGCUGUUCGAACCCGGCCAUACAGGCGAAUCCUGACCUCGGCCCUGCACCGAAGAUUCGUCCAUGCGUCUGCACUUUCCUUACUAGUGUGUUACAUCGUUGCGAUUGUCAUCGGGAAUAAGUCAUCCUGGUUUUGGCUAUGGUUUCCCAUUGGAACCUGCGGCAUCCGAACCGCAAUGCUCUUCCUUUCUUGCCUCACAGUCUUUGUCCUUCGCGUCAGUCAAAUGCACAUCGGCUCCAGAACAUCCGCCUCGUCUUUUGGCACACUUAAGCAGUUCACUUUCUUCCAAAUUGCGCAAACAUUUGGCUGGUAUAUCUUCUCGGCCUGGUGGUUCACUCAGAUCUAUAUUUGGUCUUGUUCUGCCGAUAGUGACCUUCAGCUCGUGAAACGGGGCAGAGUACCCGAGCGAGUGACGAUGAACGAAAGACCGAUCUACCUCCAUUUCUACCACUUCUCCCUCGCAUGUAUGCAGGCCGCAUGGCACCUGUACGCCGACUAUGACCGUGUCACUUUGCCCAUCGCAGAUAGAAGCUCCAGAACAAACGAUCAGCGCGUUCACCCGGUACAGCAGACAUCCAAGUAUUUACAGAGAACUUGGAUGCAAACAUUGCGGGAUGGAGCUACGAGGAGUGCAAUCACCGCCGGUGUCACUGUUCCUGUGUACCUCUUCUUUCUCCGCCAGACCGUUUGGAGCUGGUUUUUUGCCUUCGCCCGGACUUAUGCGGAUUUCCCAAGGUCCGCAGCCGAUGUCAAGGGGUUCUUUCCUCCAGAGCCCAUUACUACGGUCCUCCGGACGCUGUACACUGGGGCGAUUCUUGUUACCCUCUGGGAAACUGCCAAUCUCUGUUUCUCGGUGUUUAUUGGCAAGGAGCCUCUGAAGCGGGGUCAGCCACUCACAACAGACGCCAAGGAUCCCAAUGGCAGCCUUCUCAAUGGCCUCAGCGCAAAGAAAGAAAUCGUGAAGACUUUCGCUCUCUGGGAGCUCGGCUUGAUCAGCCAGCGCACCCCCGAGCGGCGUAAGGCGAUCUUCAGUGAACUUGAUCGCGAGAAUGGCUCGACCUGGUCUCAGGUUUUGGUUAGCCUCACAGAUGUGAUCAAGGGUGUCACCAUCCGGAUUGAGCAAAUCACGAAGCCCGCUCCUGUUGCCCAGGCACCUCCUCAAGCCAGGCCAUCGGAUCCUGUUCUUCAAAAUCUUCCACGUCUCACCGAGCCUCUUACAGACCAAAACGUUUUUUCUGCUGCUCCCCAGGCCACUUCCCGACAGGACAAGUUCGGUGAUGCGUUCAGUUCAACGGCCAAGUCUUUUGGUCAUUCCGAAGACUGGACUCCAACUGCACGGGCCCGUAUGCGCGAUGCUUUCAGUCAAGCAUCCUCGGCUGUUUUCAGUCCCGAGCGGAAACAAAGAUUGCUCGGUUCCUCCGAGAGGAUGAAGCUGUUGACCGGAGGUCCAUCCAGUACUCACAAGCCCGAGGACAUCAACCCGUUGCUUGCACAAUUCCUUCGUUCGCCCAUUGGCCGACCUCUCCAACAAACCUACGCCAAACGUCUUUCCUCAAUUGUCCUCGGUGCCCCCGUGUCUUCUGUGUCCCCUAUUGUGGAUGCCGUAGAGUCGUUGACUCGGCUUUUGAUUGCCAGUUUGGCUGAAGACCCAUAUGGCAAAGUUCAGGCUGACAUACCUCCUACAGUGCGUCUUUUCACUGACACUAUUCUGACACUGGAUACAUUUGUUCACCAGGGUGGUUUGGAUGCUCACUGGACGGAUGUCGACUUCCCCUCUUCUAGUGACCCUACGGCGCAGGCCAAGGCUCGCCAGGUGCCCGACGUGGAGCUGGUACUUGACACACUCCGAGGCGGUCUGAAGGACCUAUUGACAGCCUUUAAACCUUACUUGCGGGACAUUGGUGUCGUAGGCAAGGACUUGAGACUGGCCAGAGAGGCAGCUGCUAUUGAUGCAGAGGAGUCAUUAUGA